GCUGGGGCUGGAGGGUGGUCCGCCGCGCCCUGUCCCCGAGUGGCGGAGAGGUGACGGUAACCGCCUUCCCAUUUCCGCCUAGCAGACAGCUUAGUAGCCAAAGCGCUUCGGCCAGCUGAGCUCUUGGUCCUGCCUCCGCCCGCCCGCGCAGGGGCUGGCCUUGCCUCUCCGGCGCCUUUUUCCCCCCGGCACCGCAGCGCCGCUUCGCCACUCGGGCACCGCAGGUAGGGCAGGAGGCUGGAGCGCCUGCUGCCCACUGCCCGUAAAAUGGUCACCUCGGCUGGACAGCUCGCCCUGUUCGCGCUGGGUGUUUUGUUGGCUGUGUGUCAGGCCCUGGAGAACACCACGUCUGCCUUGAGUGCAAAUCCGCCCAUGGCUGCAGCUGUGAUGUCUUAUUUUAAUGACUGCCCGGAUUCCCACAGUCAGCUCUGCUUCCAUGGAACCUGCAGGUUUUUGGUGCAGGAGGACAAGCCAGCAUGUGUCUGCCAUACUGGGUACAUCGGAGCACGCUGUGAGCACGCAGACCUCCUGGCUGUGGUGGCCGCCAGCCAGAAGAAACAGGCCAUCACUGCCUUAGUGGUGGUUUCCAUCGUGGCCUUGGCUGGCCUCAUCAUCACGUGUGUGCUGAUACACUGCUGCCAGGUCCGAAAACACUGUGAGUGCUGCCGGGCCCUUGUCUGCCGGCACGAGAAGCCCAGUGUGCUCCUGAAAGGAAGGACUGCUUGCUGCCACUCGGAAACAGUGGUCUGAAGAUCCCAGAGGAGGAAUUCAGCCAGAUGGACUGCGGCAGCCCUGAUAAAGAAAGAACCUCUUCAGGACAGCCCAGCAAGGGAUGCCCUAGAUGUGCGGCAGACCUUCCUCCUCUGCCUGCAUCGCCUGUGCAGCCUUUGUCUUUUGUGGGCCUUCCUUCAAAACUCUAUCAAGAACUCUGUCUGCUUGGGGUUAUUUGGUGUGAUCUAGAAAAGAAAUUAAUGGAUCGCAAUUUAAAGACUGGUCAAAAAUGAACUGCAAGGGGUGGGCUUCCCAUUUACCCACAUAAGGUGUGUGCAUCAGCCAGCAUCUGAGUCCAGGUGUACUUGUCUUCUACCAUUCAUGGAUACCAGGCUGUGUUUCUUUUUAAUGGGCCCACAGCAGCAUGCAGCUUGCCCAGCACUGGAGAUUCCAGUAUAGUUGUUACAUCUUUUUCUCAUCCACUUAUUGGGGAAGAAGGUGGAGAAAGGGUAGCUGCUCAUUGUUAUAUGAGGAUACCAACUUUACAAAGAGCUGUGCCUGUCCUCUGUCCACAAGACCCUCAACCAGCCCAACAUCUUCCACAGACAUACGUAUGAUGCUGAGGACCUUCCCAAAUCAUCACCACCCUCGGAGAUGAUUUAUUAUUUAUUAGCUGGAUGAUGGUUUUAUUUUUAACCUCUUAAGCCAAUGUAAAAAGCAUAAAACUCUUUCAGACUUCUUCAUUAAUGAUGGAUGUGUUGCCGGCUGCAAAGUUGUAGAGUACUGAUUAAAAAUGUGUGUCCUCUUUGGAAAAGCCACCCACAAGGUACAGAGAUGGAAGCAGAAGUUGAGUCGCUGAUGGGAGCAAGGAGUGGGGUUCAGACGUUGUGCCAUUUAAGAUAAAAAGGAGGUGAAUGCCCCUGGGUACAUUCUGGUGGAAAAGUUAGCCAAUCCAGCAGCACAGAUUUGUCACCUCUGUCGGGAAAGAGAGAAGGAAUGUGUGUGUUUCUGCACAGGUUAAGCACAAUACUCACUACAGUGCUCCAUGAUAAAACAUAUUAACUUCCUCAAGCGGCUUCCGGGCGUGUGCUACGAAAUAGAGCAUUAGCUGUGAGCCACGGGCAUUUGGGGCCACAUCCUUGAAAGGAGGACUGGUCAUUUAUUUUCCAUUUGGUCACUUGGUGGAUUUACUACUUCAUUUUUAAAAGGAGAAAUUUAACUUUUUUAUUUAUUUUCAAGUAUGAGGAGAAAUAUUCCAGUGAUUGUUUGUUUGUUUGUUUUUCAAAGCUCUCACAAGCCGUCUCCACAAUGAGGGUCUCACUUUCCCCUCAGAGAAGGGAGGAAUUGUCCUCCUGGGCACGAGGCACAUCCCGGCCCACUGUCCGGCCUGUGAGGAGCACUGCCCCCUCCUACUAAACAGCAAGGGGCACAUCCCUAGGGACUGUCAUUAAAAUUUGGGAAUGGAAUAACAAUGAAAUAAUAUAUAAAUUCAUGCAAAGGAAGUCUUCUUUAACAAUAUUUGGGGAAAAUGAAAGAUUUCUAGCUUUUAAUCCUUCAAUGCAUUGAGCUUCUCAUAUCAUGGAAGUGACCAUUAAAAUAUGUCAAGUCAGCUUGAAAUUUCUACCAGCUAAUCUUGUCCUCCCCUAAUUCUUCCUUUCCAGUCUGUCUAUUUCAAUGAAUUUUUUCUCUCUUUCUUACAGCUGAGACAAUUUUUGACCCAUGUCUUAACCUUGGCACUUCCAUUGAACCAUGGUGCACCCAAAGCUCUGAGAGCAGAAAUGGGAUCUGUUCACCAGUUGGCCCCCCAACCAUGUAAUUGAUGCAGCUCCCAGGUUUUAAUUACAAAAGAAAAUAGGCCUAAGUUUACAUUCCUUGGACCAGUCCUACAGCAACAGAUAUGUGGGCCGAGGCUGGUAUGCGUAGCUGCUCACACGGAGACCAAUCCAAUUGUUGCUGGCUUGCAGACUCCAUGUCACUUUUCCCAUCAGACUCUGAAGGUCUGAGGUUCCUGUUUAGAGAGACUAAUGGAAGUGAAGUAGUGUCAUUUGUUAACCCGAGGUCACAUUUUUACUUUAGGACAAUCUCUCUCAGUCUUUUGGAGACUCUCUGAGGUCUGAGUGCCAUUAAAGGAUAUGGACUGAUAUGAAAAUGUUUGCAGGGCUUUCUUCACCUAAUGAAUGGAAAAAUCAGCGUCCAGUCUGUAGGCUUCCAAGAGCCUUUGCAGAGGUGUGAGGAGACAUGGAUAGGAGCAGAAGGAACCUUCUUGGUUCCCUGUGGGGACUUCAAAUUUAGCAUCUGUGAACACUCUCAUCCUCAGGUCUAACAAGUCAUAGCCACCAGCACCCCCUUCCUUGUGCCUGCAAGACCACACAGUGAGCAGGCUCGAAUGUGUGCAACCCUAAAUAUGCCUCUCGGGCCAGUCCUCUGUAAACUAGGUCUGAAAAGAGCUGGAAGCAGAGUCUGGGGUCAAGGCAGUCCUGUUGGACCUUUAUCUAUCCACCAGGAUAUGACACGGCCUUACUUCUUUAGUGAUUUCUCUUGUAGAAGUCAGAUGGCCAACAUGCUUUGAUUCCUGUGCCAUCUCAUGCACUGGUGCUUCUUUGGUUAGUUGUAAAAUGCCCCCAUCUCAGGUUAAAAAUGCAACUUCUAAUCCAUGUCUGCAUGUUCCUUGUGUUUCCUUGCUCUUUUGAAAGCCAAGUGUUCAUGAUGAUUAGGGACUCAUUCCAAAGACCUGACUUGAUAGGUAGCCACACACCUGGGAGCAGGGAACACAGCUGUUUUCAAUGUCUGUCUCAGGAGAAGUGAAAAAACUCCUUUAAAAAAUGACGAAGGUGCUUCCACAUCUUUUAUGGAGCCUGUUCUACAGGCUGCGACUCCUUCAAGCGCACUGGCAGGGAACACUGUCUUCUAGGUGGAAAAUAUACACCAGCCUAGCUUGAUCUGGAAAACAUGUCUGGCUACAAGCGGAAAAAAGCAAGGUAUGAGCUUGCCGUUGUGUUCCAACAGAAGAGGUGGGUAGAAUGUCCCCCAAGUCUACUUUCCUGAGAAAGGAGGAGGUGGGAUUGACACUCCCCCAGCCCCUUUGGUGAAGGAGGGGAAGGUGUGGUUCUAGAGCUUCUUGGGGGACAGUUCUCUGCAGGUAGAAAAAAAGAGUCUGGCAUCUUCAACUAGGCCAUCCAACUAGGUGCUUUUCCAGGCACUUUGGCAGGAAUGGGUCAACCAGGCUCGGACGCUGCUCAGGGCACACUGGCCCCUUAGUAGGGUCUUGGCUUUGAUUUCUUCCAACCUGCUCAGUAAAGGGGGGUCAGGAGAUGAUUCAAAAGCCCAGGACCAUGGGGGACAUCACAGAAACAGGUGGACACCUAUGUUCAUUCUUAACGUUCUAACAUAAGACCUGUUCUCUGUAGCCACUGAUCUCACCAGGCUUUUUGAAAGAUCCAGAGGUAAGCACACCCAUGCAGUACUGAAAAGCAACCCCUCUUUCUAAUGUAAUAACUGACGGAAGUGUUCAACUUUUCAUUAUCUUUAUUAUAACAAACCUGAUGCUUUUUUUAAAAGAACUUGUUACUCUGACUUCUGUAUAUGUUGCACUGAAAAGGUUAAUAUUUAAUAAUGUUUUAAUUUAUUUUGUGUGGUAAGUUAAUUUUGAUUUCUGUAAUGCAUUAAUGUGAUUAGCAGUUCUUUUCCUUAAUAUCUGAAUUAUUUAAAAAGUAGUGAGAAAUAUAAAAUGCAGUCGCAUUUUUCAGUCAUGUGCAUUGUCGUUCAGUUGUACUGUACAUUGUUUGGAAAAAUGAAGGAAUGAACUCUUUUUUUUCCUAAAUCAAGACUGAAACUUGUAUUU